GCUUCUGCCGCUCGUUGUCAUUGGCAGCGCAGGACUGACCCACUUCAGUGUGUGUGUGAGUGUGUGAAUGUGUGUGUGAGAGAAAGUGUGUAUGUGUGUGUAUGGCGAGUAGAUGCGCAGGACAACAUAGCGAAACGAUGAACGCCGGUUUGACGCUGUUUGUUUUCUCGCUUUGCGGUUUCGGGUUUAUUGAGUCCGGUUCCUCUCUGUUCUCCUGCCCCAGCGGACAGUUCCCAUUGAAAAAUCAGUGUGUUUCGUGUCACCCGACCUGCGGCGAAUGUGAAGGACAUGAGCUCUUCGAGUGCACAACCUGCGCUUUGGAUGAAGAUGGAAAGGAGCGCUUUCUAUAUCAGGGCCACUGCAGACUUCACUGCCCACGAGAGUUUUAUGCGGACCGAGAGCAGUACACCUGUCUGCCGUGCAUGUCGAACUGCGAGAUCUGUGUUGAUGCCGGAUUGUGUGCUAAAUGCAGAGAGGGAUACCGGCUGCAAAGCGGCGUCUGUCUGACAGUCCUGUGUAGAGCUGGUCAGGUUCAAGACCCGGACACACAAGAAUGCAUCGACUGCGGUAACGGCUGUAAAACAUGUUCCACGGACAAUCCGGAGGUUUGCAGCAGCUGCAAGGACGGACACUUCCUAUACAGACAGCAGUGUCGUCAGCACUGUCCACAGAGGACUUUCGAGGAGCGCGCUCGAGGCCUGUGCAUCGCCUGUGUGGAGCCCUGUGUGGACUGCAGGAGCGAAUCGCUCUGUCUCACCUGCCAGACCGGAUACUUCCUCAACAACGGCACCUGUGUGAAGGAGUGUCCCGCCGGCUCCUAUACAGACAUCAGAGGCUGGCGCUGUCAGGCCUGUCACCGCUCCUGUCUGUCCUGCCGUGGCUCCGGGCCCCGAGACUGUGAGCGAUGCAGCGGCUCCAUUCGCCCGCUGUAUGGGAAGUGCCCGCUCAUCAUCUGCCCGCCGGGACAAUACCUCGACGGGGAAAGCCGCUCCUGCCGGUACUGUGACGUCUCCUGCUCCACAUGUUUCGGCCCGGCGGCUCAGAACUGCAUCUCCUGUGCUUCCGGGUUCAUGCUGGAGCAGGAGUCAGUGUGUGUGGAUGGAUGUCCGCUGGGUUUUUAUGGCAACAGCUCCAGUCUGCAGUGUGAACCGUGCGCAGAGAACUGCGAGCUGUGCCGGAGCGCAGACGAGUGUUUGACCUGUAAGAGCGACUCCUAUCAGCUCUACUUGCUGCAGGGAAACUGCUGGUCAGAGUGUCCAGAGGGUUAUUUUGAGACAGAAUUGGGGACAUGUGAACCCUGCGAUGAACUCUGUCUGACCUGUGACGGCACAAGCACAGAGUGCCUUUCGUGUCGAGAGGGUCUUCAUCUGGCCAAUGGGCAGUGCCGCCAGAGCUGCGCCCCCAUGAGCUACGUGGCAGAAGACGGCACAUGCAGACGCUGUGCUCCUCACUGUGACGCCUGCACAGAUUUCUCCACCUGCACAAAGUGCAGUUUUCUCUAUUUGCUCUUAAACGGGGCAUGUAAGGCCGUCUGUCCGAAGGGUUACUUUGAAGACUUGGAUCAGGGGGUGUGUGUGAGCUGCCAUGCCACCUGUGCCACAUGCUCUGGUCCUCUUUCUGAUGACUGCGAGACCUGCUCUGUCCUUACACCAAAACUCUAUGAGGGCACCUGCUUGGAGAUGUGCCCUGGAGGCACUUAUUACCAGACAUCUGACAAAGAAUGCCAGGAAUGUCACCAGACCUGUGCGCUUUGUGAGGGUCCUGACCCCACCCAGUGUCUGCAGUGUGGAAAAGGACUGGUUUUGGAUCCCAACACCAUGAUGUGUGGGGUAACUGGGGAUUCAGACUGCCCACCCAGAACAUUCCUUCAAAACAACCAGUUCACUUGCCAAGCAUGCCAUCGGCUCUGUCAGUCCUGCGAAGGCCCUGGACCCUUUGACUGCCAGACCUGUGCCCUCCCCAACUUUCUCCACAAUGGUUCAUGUGUGAGCAAAUGUCCAGCGGGAACUUACAGUGCCCAUGAGGAGGCUGAUGGGGUAGAGCUGGGUUUCUGUAUGCCCUGUGAUCAUGUGUGUGGCACCUGUACUGGAGCAUCUCCCAGAGACUGUCUGAGCUGUGGACCAGGAUACCUUCAUCUUCUCUCUCAUCUCUGCGUUAUUCACUGUCCCACAGGGUACUACAGUUCAGGGGAGCGCUGUGAAAAGUGUGACCGUUCCUGUGAACAGUGCUCAGGCCCGGGGCCAGAUGCCUGCAGGGUUUGUACACCACCCAUGUUGGACCUGCAAGGCACCAGGCAGUGUGUGGAUCAAUGUCCGCAGCGCUUUUUUGAGAGCGGCCACAGCUGCAGACAGUGCCACACCAGCUGCAAGUCCUGCACAGAUAACACUCCACAGGGUUGUGUGACGUGUGACUGGGGCAGCGUCCUGCAGGAUGGGGUUUGUUAUCCUCGCUGUGAGGAAAGCCGAUAUUACUCGCAAGAUGGUGUUUGUGAACCCUGCGACGGGUCCUGUAAACACUGCUCUGCUGCCGGGCCCCACAGCUGCCUCACCUGUCGCCCAGGAUUCGCCCUUCAUGCCAUUGACAGCCAGUGUUUGCCCUGCUGCCAGUCGGAGCAGACAGAGAUGAACUGCUGCCUCUGCGACUCCGGCUCAGCGUUGUGUCUUGAAGCGCCUGUACAAAGUGAAAGUCAGGACGACAUUAUUCUGCGGUCCAAAGCAGUCCAGCAUGCGUCUGCAGCCUUACCCGCAGCUCUACUGCUAGCUGUAGUUCUAGCUCUAGUGGUGUUCGCCCUGGUACAAGCAAGAGCCAAAAAAAGGCUAUGCUGGAGGCGGAGCUAUGAGCGGCUCAGCGGAGUGGCCCGAGAAGAGCCCAGACCUCGACCGAUGCCACACGGCGUCCCAGAGCCAGAAGACAGCGGGGACGAGGUGGAUGUGGUCUACACUAGUCGGGAUGGAUCAGUCUAUCGGCGCUACGGCUUCAUUCAUGAGCCGGACACUGAGGAGGAGCAGGACGAAGAGGACAGUACUGAAAACACACACCUCAGCAGAGCUUAGAAUACAGAUGUUUGAUAUACAGCGCAAAAGUCUUAGGCCACUAGAAACAGAUGCAUAAGCAGAAUCAGGAUUCAUUUUAUGAUUCAAAUAUAGCAAGCAAGUUUAUUUGAUGUAUAUCUACACUGAGGAAAGGCAGAGGGUUGCUCUUCUGUCUGGGCCUUCCACGCAUUUCUAGACCUCCCUUUCUUCAUGUGUUCAACACUUUUUUUUUCAUGCGUCUUUUAAUUUUAUUAAACAGAACUUCAUUUGUCAACUAAUUAAUAUCGUUUUCAUUGUGUAUAUGGAAAACUUUCCAACAUCUGCUGAAAAAGUCAACAGCACCUUUAGAAAUAUGUUCAAUAUAUGGGACGUUCAAUACUUAUUUCCCCAGUGUAUGCACUAUUUUUGAAAGCAUCCUCAUUUCACAGCAUUUUUACAAAGCUCUUUUGGAUUUAGUUUGUCUCAGUUUGUUUCAUUUCGUCCAAAUGUCACUGUAUAAAUCACAAUUAAUGAUAAAAAUAAUCUGGAGUAAUAUGGAUAUCUAAUAUAAUAUGCAAUAUAAUAUUUAAACUCACAUGCUACAUACAAAUAUAGAAAUACCCAACUAUUCAACCAUUUUGGGGGUGAAAAUAAGAGUGGCCUAAGACUUUUACACAGUACAAAUAUUACUAAUAAUUCACGCACAUUUCUGUGGUCAAAAGCCACUGGAUUGGAAGAUGGUACUGAUAGACAACUCAGCGUUAUCGGUGGUAAAUUGACACAUGAUAGCAUAUUUUAGGUGCUGCGUUUAUGAUUAUGUACUGUGUAUAUUUAUCUGGAAUUUGAGAAUAUUGCUGCCGGUCUGUGUACUGUAGAUUACUGUAAUAUAACCGUUUCCAUGAUUUAAUGUUAAUAAUGAUGAAGUGGUAACAGAAUACUUUCUCUUUUGUUUGAUUAAGAGGGUUUUUUAUAGAGAUUCUAUCAUGUUUUCUUAUUA